AUGAAGUCAAUCCGUUCGCUAGCCCCGGCUCUGGUGGCCAUGUCAGCCGCAGUGCAGGCCCUCCCUCCAACACACUUCGAGAGGCAGGUCAAUAGUACAACAAAUACGACCAGACCUAAGGUUAUUCUGGACAACGACUGGAGCAUUUCUGGAUUCAUUCCGAUUCUUCUGGCUCUCAAGGCAGGCUGGGAUGUUCUCGGAGUUGUAUCAGACACUUCGAACACAUGGGCACUUCAAUGUGGACUCCACGCUCUCGCAACCCUGGAGGUCGGAGACUUGGGUUGUAUUCCAGUCUACAAAGGCGCCGACUACCCCAUCCUGAACAGACCGGGCCUCUUUCAGGUACGCAAUCUCAGUCCGUCGAAAUGCAUGUGGCUAAUUCUCUACAGGCAUGGGAAGCCGUCCAUGGCAUGCUCGCAUGGGAAGGCGUUUUUGCAAACGAAAACUCCACCGCCGAAGCACUCGGCAACGAUCCCACGAGCGGCGACCCAGACCGCAUCUCCUACUCCGCAUUCGAAAAGCCUUACUACGGCUUCCCCAACAUCACUUUUGCAUCCGAUAUCACAGCAGCCGAAUUCCUGGUCCAACAAGUCCGUCGCUACCCUGGAGAGAUCAGCAUCUACGCCGCUGGAGCACUGACCAACGUGGCCCUAGCCGCCAGAAUGGAUCCUACAUUCGCGAAGAACGCCAAGGAACUCGUGAUCAUGGGUGGAUAUCUAGACGUCAACCUCCUGCAAACCACCGGAACCGUCCUCCUAGCAGACCUCCAAUCCGACAUCAACCUCAUGAUCGACCCCGAAGGCAGCAAGAUGGCGCUCACGGCCCCCUUUCCCAAAAUCACCAUCUGCGGAAACGUAGCCAACCAAGUCAUGUCCACGCAAUCCUUCCUCGACCAGAUCCACAACAUCUCCAACCCGUACACGGAACUCAUGUACAACUACUACGGAACGGAAUUUCCCUUCUGGGACGAGACGGCGGCGGCGGUGAUGUUGGAGCCUGAGAUAGUCACGAACAGCACGAGAUUUUAUCUAGAUGUGGAUACGAGCUAUGGGAGUCCGACGUACGGGAAUAUUCAUGCUUAUCAGAAGGCUUUGGCGCCAAGGGCGCAGGAGCUGAGGGAGGUGGAAUUUGUGUUGGAGAUUGAUGGGGAGAGGUUCAAGGAGAGCAUUCGGGAGAGUGUGCAGUUUCCGCCAAAGGUCUGUGGGAAGUAG